AUGAACGGCGAAACAAAGACAGGAGCCUCCCGCUUCGACCCCAACUUCACCCAACAUGUUAUCGAUGCUAUGGGACCCAAAACUUCUCCUCGGAUGCGAGAAGUUAUGACGAGCUUGACCAGACAUUUGCAUGAUUUUGCUCGUGAAGUUGAGCUGACUGUGGACGAGUGGAUGGAGGGUGUACAAUUGCUCAACUGGGCAGGUCAGAUGAGCAAUGAUAAAAGAAAUGAGGGUCAAUUGGUUUGCGAUGUGGUCGGCCUGGAGUCACUCGUGGAUGAGAUAACCUACAAGAAAGCUUCCGAGGCCACCGAUAUGGCCACCCAGAGCGCUAUCCUGGGUCCAUUUUUCAGACACGACCACCCAGUCCGAGAGAAAGGAGCAACCAUUUCUUUCAACACACCGGACGAUGCCGAGGUCGUGUACAUGCACGGUCGGGUUCUGUGUGCCCAAACCAAAAAGCCCUUGGCAAAUGCCGCCAUUGACGUUUGGGAGGCCUCCACCAACGGCCUGUAUGAACAACAAGACGAGAACCAGGUCGAUUGUAACCUUCGAGGAAAAUUCAUCACCGACUCAAACGGGGAGUAUGCUUUUUAUUGCAUAAGGCCCACCCCAUACCCCAUUCCAUUUGAUGGCCCGGCGGGCAAGCUGUUGCAAUUGUUGGACAGACAUCCAUACCGACCAGCGCACAUUCACCUCAUUGUCCUGGUCGAAGGGUACAAGCCCAUCACGACGCAAAUAUUCGACAAAGAGAGCAAAUAUCUCGACGACGACUCGGUGUUUGCCGUCAAGGACUCUCUGGUGGUAGAAUUUGUGCCGCGAAAGGGUGAUGAUAAGGCUAAGUUGGAACUGAAGUACGACAUUUUGAUGGCUCCCUUGCAUUCCUAA